AUGGAGAAAUGGAGCGCAGAUGUCAAAGAAACUUUCUACUACAUCACAAUCAAAAGAUUGAACACUGAUGUAGAACUAUCAUUUGGACCCGUUGAGGUUUUCCAAUCUCGUUUCCCGCUCUUACGGGGGGGGGGAGGGGGGGGCACAAGCAUUUGGACCAAAAAGCCGCUAGAAGGGGCAGCCGAAAAGGAAGGUAGACCAAGGAUCAAGGUCCCUGGUGUUGGUCAAUGGCUGUUCAAUUUUCAGAGUGACUACUUGGUCCCCAAACCGCAGCUCAUGAUUGAGACUCGUAGUAUUACUAAUUUAUUUCCUAGCUGGGGGCAGUGUGGCUAG